AUGAAGAGCUUCGUAGGCACCCGGCGAAAGCCAAGGCGGCGGUGGCUUCUUCUUUUUGUGCUGGUGCUAGCCUUGGCGGCAGGGCUACCGGCAUGGGCGCAGGUAACGACGACAACUUGUGGCAGCAGCUCGCCCCUCCGUGUAGAAACAGUGGCAGAUGCCGGUGUUCUCGGUGCUGCCGUCAAUUGCACCGACGGCGGGGAGGUGGAAGCCGUUUGGGCGGGGGCGGUUACUCUUACGGCUCCCAUUUCCGUCGGGACGGGGACGUUUCUGUCCAUCACCGGAGAAGACGACUCGGCGGAGGUGCUGGGCGGCGGCCAGACCCAGAUGUUCUACGUCUCAUCGUCUGGAGGCCUGACGCUGACCGAUCUCAAGCUCUCGGGGGGAAACGCGGCAAGCGGCGGCGCUAUUGAAUCCAGCAUGGCAUCGGUAACGCUCGACACGUGCGUAUUCAACGGCAAUGUCGCCACCGCCGGAGACGGAGGGGCCGUGCGGGCGGACGGCGGGGACCUAACGAUUAUCGGGGGAGAGUUCUCCGGGAACAGCGCCAGCGGGAACGGUGGCGCCGUUCUCGCCGCCGACGCCGGGCUGGUGAUCCGAAACGGCACCCGGUUCGACGGCAACACGGGGGUGGAGGGCGGCGGGCUGUACUGCUCAGGAGGGGUAGAGAGCUCCGACCCCUCUUGCUCUCUCAGCGACGCCGCGUUCACGUCCAACGAAGCCUCAACCGGCGCUGAGGUCAGCCUGAGCGAUACCGUCGAGACCUGGGCUGACCUAUACGGGGGCGGGGCCGCGGCGUUUUACCUUGCCACCGUGGAGAUCACGGACUCUUUGUUCGAGUUAAACUACGCCCAGGUGUCCGGCGGCGGGAUCUUCGGAGGCAGCGGAUCGUCCAUGUCGAUCGAUGGGUGCACCAUCAACAACAACACCACUCCUGGGUACGGAGGAGGGCUGGUCGCGUCGGCCGCCACGCUUGGGGGAGGCACGGUCGUGACGAGCAACGUUGCCGACGAGACCGGCGGCGGGACGGACGUUCCGCCGGUGGGCAAGGCGGGGGUGGAGGCAUGCGAUGGCGAAAAUUGCUACCCAAGUUACCCGCAGUGCAGGGACGAAACGCCUCUGCUUGAGGAGUAG